GACGGAUGUUUACUAUCCGAAUACUGGUGAAUUUGAAACCGCGGAACACCCAUCAAAUAACUGAUAUUUUAGUCGCCUACAUCUUUUAUCCGGAAGUUGUCGUCACACAAUUACCAGGCUUGCCUUUGAUUUCACGUUUAUUUAUUGCUCUUAGAGGAAUUUUCAUUGACUAAACCUCUUAGGAAAGGGAUAUAUACACUUACGAAUGUGGCAUAAAAACAGAAAACAUCGCAAUACGGACGUAAUUGAAGAAAUAGUUAUUAAAUGUAAUGGAAUUAGCCGAAGCUUAGAAAAGUUGUAUGUGUUGUUUUCUGAUAUUCCAGUGAAGGCUAUUUUUGGUAAGCUGCGUUUGAUAAAUAAAAUUGAUGCUAUCACUAUUCGGGGGAUAUUUUUACGAGAAAUUAAAAUCACUAUGGCGAUCGAGAAAUUGUUUGUAUACAGCCUCUGUCUCGUCACAUUAAUAGGGAGAUCACAUUCUGUAAAUACGACCGACACACUUGUACCAAGUAUUCAAGACUUAGACAUAAAUGUAUCAACAACCAGUUCUAUACCAUCAGAUUUAACUACAACACCAUUAUCCAUAUCGAUCUCAACUGUACCAUUUUCAUCUCAAAGUACUGAACCAUCCAAAUCUGUUUUAGCAGAUGUUUCAUCCAGCCCUUCUGACCUCGCACUAGUUUCUGUUUCGUCGACAACAUAUCUUUCUCCAUCAACUGCUGUUUCACAAAAUGUAAAUACUGCAACACAAAACGUAUCGGCAGCAAAUUCAACAACAGAAGGAAACGAACCCAUCACAACAUUGAACCCUGGUUCAUCCACCACGAAUUUCAGUUUUAAUAAAUGGUCAAAUACAUUUCCCGGGAUAACGUCGAAUGCCGCAUCUAUAGGUUUCACCAGUCCACCAGUUGACCAUUCAAGCAUUACUGAAACAAAUUCUACACAUUCUUCAAACGCAUCUAUAUCGUUGCUUGUAAAUGAUACAGUACAUGGAAGACCGUCAACAGUUAUAUCUGAACAAAUAAACACUACACAAACAUCUGUUACCGGGUUAACGUCGACCAAAGAGUCAUCUAUCGAAGGUUUAACAUCAUUUUCUGAUUCUCUACAUCCAUCAUCGACUGAACCUGGAAACAUUUUCUCCGCCAUCUCAGAUAUACAGUAUUCAUCUUCAUACGCAAAAGAUGCAUCAUCUCAUGUAACAACGUCCUCUAUAUCCGCUCCCAUUUCUUCAGAUGAACUUCACUCGCCUCAUGUAGACUUUACUACUUCAUUCAUGUUUAUUUCAAAUGAUGUUUCUACCGCUGUUAUGAAUGUCUCAAAAUCAAGCACAGUUUUGGCUUCACCAACAACAAACUAUUUUAAGGAAUCAGUUUAUUCUCUUGCAAACAUCUCAACUACGUUUGUACCAGACCUGGAACCAUCCCCGUCAUCAGCCAUGAUUACAGUAUUGGAAUUAUCUGAAUCAAGUCCCGGCGUUACUUCUUCCGUUCAGUCAUCUUUACAAAAUGGGAUAUCCUCUUCUACAGCGUCAUCAUUCGGGUCUAAUGCUUCAUUUGGUCUUUCUCCAACGACAGAAACUGUUAACAUCUCUAGUGUACCAAAUACUGUUAGUCGCGUUGAUUUAUAUUCAUCGGAAAGUGUUAUUUAUUCAUCUAAAAUUGUUGUCUCAUCUUCAUCUGAACAUCAUUUUGAGUUGUCAUCAUUUCCUAGUUCAAAUAUAUUAGCAAGCGAUAUUUUGGGUAGUAUAAAUGUUAAUAACACACCUACACUGGACAUUAGAAUGAAGACACAGUCAGUUUUAAUAACUGCAUCGGCAGAAAGCGACAAUAUAAUUCCUUCAAAUUCUUUUACAUCCAAUAUGGUACGCCAAGUAGUUACACAAAGUGCGUCUUUAUCACCCACGGCAACGUCUGAACAGUCAGUCAUAAUAUCAGUUACAUCUCAAACAACGACGGAGGGGCCUUCUACAAAUAGACAUUCAUCAACAUCACAUACUAGUAUUCAAACGACAUCAGAAAAUUCUACGGGACUAACAGUUGAAAAAGACCAUAACAUAUAUCGAAUGAUAUUUACCUUUGAUGGACAUUGUGAAAUACUAAGUGAAAAUGAUGUUUUACAAAUGGAGUUUCUAAAAGCUUUAAUGGCUGUUGUGAAAUCAACCACUAAAUUAAGUUCGUACUCUUUAGAAGCAGAAAGAAUACUCUGUGAGCCUUUACGUGUAUAUUUGCGUACAGAAACGAGGGGAUUUAAUAUAAGUCACAUAUCCGAGCCUUUAGAUAAGAUAAUUGCUUCGUCAGAAUUUAUUGUUCCUAUAAUUCAAAGCACACAUGUCUUGAAUUUCACUGCAAUAAAUCUCGAAAUUGUAAAACUUAGUUCAAGCGAUAUAGAUGGGCUGGAGGUGGCAAGGUCAGGUCUAGAAGUUGUGGAUAUAGUGAUCAUUAGUAUUGCUUCUUUUCUGUUUGCCGUUCUCGUACUGAUGAUGGUAAUAGUUAUAUGCCGCGAGUGUUACGUCAGAAAACGUACCACGACGUUUCACCUCAGAGACGUGCCGCACGUGAAUCUUAAAUUAUCUGACUUUACCCUGACGAGAAUACCGCGACCUCAGAUGUUUUAUAGGGAAAAUAGCCGCAGAAAACAUGGGCCCAUCCCAGUGAGCAAGUUACGUAAAUCUCAAUCAAAUGGACAUUCGGAUACGAAAGACAAGGUCAAGGUCAAUCAAGAUCAAAUACGAGUGCGCAUGAGCAAGCACGAUGACGGACUUGUUGUGGGCGUGACUUGCAGCGCGCCACCUAGCCCAUCAAAUAACUCUUCAUCAUGUUCGAGCACUCCAAGAAACGGGGACAGUAGUAAAACAUCUCUAUUAAAGGGAGGUAAUGCAGAAAUUUCUGACGGUGUUACAAAUCCGAGUUAUUCCACAGAUGAUGAACUAAACGGGAAUACAAAAAUUUUGAUUCAAGAGGACGAAAAUGAACAACUUCUGUAGAGGAGAUACAUUAAAAUACAUAUAUUUUUACAUAUUAACUUU